UUCGUUUAUGUUUUGUGAUUUUAGUUCUGCUUCACGAAUACGAUGGCAGUGAUUUUUUAAUGUUGCAUGGAAUGAUCAUACGAUAUGAUAUUUUACAAGCCUGGCCUCAAACGGAAAACUGAUGGUAAUUUUUUCAAUAGGACGCUUUCCAGUAUACUGUUCCAACGAAGAGUUUCUCUCCGGUUAACGUCGAAUACCGUUCUAUCAGAUGCAAAAUGAAUAAUUACCCCGAAGUAUAUCACCUAGCCAAUAUAAAAAAGGGUUCUUUCAAUAUCUUAUCUGUGCCGAUAAUGUCAUAAAUACCGGUGGAAAUGUGCAGUGCAUUUGCCAAAGCAGAAUUCCCGGUUGACUAAUAAUAGCUUUAUCAGUUUCGCCGUGUUCUUAUCGCGUGGCGGCCACUUACCGCUUGAUUUAGUUUGGCACUAUCAUACCUCGGAGGAACUCGUGCAGUAUGUCAGUGGUCAUCGUCACGAACAGGAGGGCGAUCGCAUUUACGUUUGUUUUGGCUUUUGCUCUCAGCUACUCGCAUUGAGUGAAUCACCGGAUAGUGAAGCGUUUUGCGCGUGACAACCUCAACAAGUGAUGUCAUUAACUGUGUAGUAAUUUUUGCAAUUGCUUCGUUCCGAACAAACCAUCCGCUAACAUGGAUGUAGUAGACCGAAGCGAUGCCUAUACUUUUCGGAGGUGCGGUUCUAAUUUCGCGCACACUUGUAUACAAACGCGUACAUUGUUGCAUGUAUUCGAAACCAUAUUUUUCCCAUUUCAUAACCUUGACCAUCCUCACGUCUACCGGCAACGAAACUCCCUACGGUUGUAUGAAAUCCGAGUCAAUUGGCAGUUUGACGGAGGCAGAAACAUCCAUAGCAGAUCCGAAGAAUGUGAAACGCCGAGUCCGGCACCAUGUCCGCAGCGCACGGGUCAACUCGGCCUACACACCUCAUAAUCGAUUAUCGCGCUACAAAACCGCUCUCAAUAGCAUUAUCCCUUUCCGGGCAGUCAACACUGGCACAACUGACCUCCCAGUGGACAACGUGGGCUGCAUAUCAAACAGUUCCUUCGCAUGGAUCCGCAAAUUUAUCAUUUCUCCGUCUCAGCUACGAAAUUACCAGAGCUUACCAACAAAUUCCCGCACCACCAGUCAAAGUGACAUCUUCCUACUCCCAAAGCGACCAUACAGUGACAGCUGCGAGAUAAAUUGUCGACGGUUGCUCGGAAUCUACAAGGACGAGGAAACUUUGAAAGGCCGGAAAAGGAUUUCUAUGUUUAAAGUCACCUGGCGCUUCGUUAGAACGCGGCUGCUAAUUGCCUCGUUGUUCCACUGUCUAGCGAUCCUACUGACGUUUUUGGGUGUAGCAUUAUUCUCAAAUCUGACAGUAGAAUCUAUGCAAACGGUGGUGGCAAAAAGCUGCCAAAAUUGUGCAGCAAUUUCAAAUUGCUCAAACGCUCCAUCUGCCAUACUAGAAAUAUCGUUUGAAAUGAAUCGGAACACAUGCAAUAGCACAGCCCAAAUCGUCCCAUCAGAUGGUUUAGGUAAUCGAUUACUUCUCUCGCUGGGACUAUUCCUGUGCUAUCUGUCAGCCAUGAUCUUCAUCGGUGUUAGAAAUUGGCUUAAUCUUAGAACGGCAAUACGUCUACGAACAGCCGUUUUAUCUUCUAUUUACAAACGAGUGAUGAAAAGUAGCAUUGCAAAUUGUGUUUCGGCUCAUCAAAUAAUGACUGCCGCUAACGAGGAAAGCGACGCGAUCCUUCAGAUAGUAGAAGCCCUUGUGCAGUUGAUCGGCGUUACCUUCGGGUUUCUGUUGGCUUUUCUAACCGGCUUCAUUCUGCUUCCUUUUUCUGGGAUGCUUCCCCUACUUGGCAUACUUCCUCUCCUGCUGCUGCUACUUACAACGGGAAAUGUUUCGAAGAAAUAUUAUAGAAAAUUUGUGGCAUACGGUGCAAAUAAAAUUUCAAUUCUUGAAGACAUUUGUACUAAUUUUAAGAACGUUAAAUCACUACAGUUCGAGUCUAUCUUCGUUGACUGGUUCUUAACCUGUCUCCACGCCCAGUAUAAUGCACUCCAAUGGAGCAUUGUAUACGCAGCAAAAUUUUCCGGAGGAGUCACUUCGGCGCUUCUCGUUGGCGGCCUUUAUCUAAUUUGGUGCGACACCAACAUCAAAACGGAAAGUACCGAAGUGUUGAUUCUGUUGUUGAUUUUCGCCCAUCACGUCCAGAAAUUAGUGCUGGACUUUUGCAAUUGCGUACACAUCCUUCUGCGUGGUAAUGCAACACUCGAUAAGCUGAAGCAAUGUUAUCAACUCUCCAUGCCGGAUAAUGUACGGUUGAAGCCGAGCAGGGAACAUUUGGUGAUACAAGUUAACAACGUCGAGGCUUCAUGGACCCAAGAUAAGAGUGGACGAAACACACAGUUCAGAUUACAUCUGGAAAAUUUCGAAAUAGUGCGUGGUCAGAUAAUCGGAGUGACAGGAAGCUCUGGCGGUGGAAAAACUACAUUACUACAUACGAUACUGCGUAAUACGGAAGUACAGAAGGGGAAGGUACUCCAACGUGGGAAGAUGGCAUACUUUCCUUCGAAACCUGUGCUGCUAAAUGCCAGUGUAAAGGAUAAUGUGCUGUUUGGGGAGGCAAUGGACCCACAACGCUAUUACCUAGCCACCCACACAAUGAUGCUGAACGAGGACACUCUGCAAGCACCCGGCUCAGACGAUAUACCGAUACCGUAUCUGGAGCUAACCGGAGAACAGUUGGAGAGAAUUGCGCUUGCUCGUGCUAUCUAUUGUCACCGACAGAUCGUGCUUCUGGAUGAACCUCUGAACUGUUGCGCCAAUCGCGAGCAGUCGUUCAAACUUUAUCUACAGAUGAUGAACACUUUUCGGCAGGAUAAUAAAACUGUUAUCCUGGUAACACAAUUCGACGAGUAUCUGCGGUAUUGUGACCGGGUUUUCCGGAUUGAAAACGGAACCAUUUACCGUGAAGGAAGUUACGCUGAAAUUCUGAACAUGCCGUCACACCUUGAAAUGACACGUCAAUCCAAUAUUGAAACUGCCUGCCGUAACGGCUGGGAACUGUAUGAAGGAAGCGACCCAACGGGUCUCAAUAUCGCGAACCAUACCCAUUUCAAAGUGAAUCGACGAUCCAAGAGGAUAAGUGAUGGAUCCAUCGAAAUUGACCCGGUUGCUUGCGAUCAGCUCAAACACAGAAAACUACUGCGCGAUGUUCGAAGUUUCUCGCCAUGUGAUUACAUUAUGCUCGUAUUCAUGCACUUGAUCAACAGCUUGCUUUACUUCGGUCCUAUAUUCACGCUUGUGAUCAUCGUUGAACAAGGUGACAUCAAUCCGUGGCUGAGCACCAUUUGUUUAGGCGUGAUCGUGUGCACCUUCUUCAUGGAUAAUAUCUGUAAAGCAUAUGUAGCUCGAGUUAUGGCGAAUCGAAAUAAGGCAUAUCAAUCUGCUCUCUUGAAGGCAUUACUGGAUUGUUCGCUGACGUAUCUACAAACUACAAGUAUCUCCGUUGUGCUGGAUUUAUUCAGUGACAUCAUAUCGGCAGGGUUCGUUCAAAUCGACAGUGGUAUACACCAUGCAUUGAUCGUUCUUUUUUCCGCGGCACUGCUGAUAAUCGCCAAUUACUGGGCCGCCUUCAUAGUGGCCACUUUGUUUGUGACUGUCGCCUUACUGACCCACUAUUUGAAAUACAGUCUACAGCAUCUGUACGGUCAUGAGCAACUCUCAAGGAGACGCAUGUUCUCGAUCCUGACAAAUCAUUUGGCUGGCCGCGUCGUUAUCCAGUCCUAUGACCACGUGUCCAGCUUUGCGCAUGAAUUUUACAGCAACGUAGAAGAGAACAGUACCGCCAUUUUCAUGUACAAAUCGAUACAUCUGUUCGCUGAAUUCUGGCUGCAAUUCACUGCCUGGUUCCUGUGUAUGCCUGGGCUCCUGCUGAAUGUACUGCUAACACCGCAAUCCGAACUGUCGAUUCAUAGAUAUACCCUGGCAAUGUUUUCCUACUUGUCUUUGGUUCAUGGAUUGCAUAAACUGAUAGAAAGCAUACUGGCAGCCAUAGUCGCCACUAAGAGAAACGAUGUUCUAAGAUCUAACAUAAUGGAACUUCCGAACGUGGAAAUAGCUCAACACACCGCGACCUUAACCGAAUCGAACAUCGGAUUAACGGUAAGCUUCAACGACAUAGUAUACCGCGUAGCGAACCGGAAACUUCUGAAGAUUUCAAAGCUCAACGUUCAGGGCGGAGAGACGGUUGCGAUUACCGGUAAUGGAAGCAAACUUAUUGUUCCGCUUCUGUGUCGAAUCCUUUCCCCCAGUCAAGGAACGGUACGGUUGAAUCAGCUGGAUAUAGCCAAACUUGAUGUCGCCCAGCUUCGGGCACAAAUCGGUGUGAUUCCAGCCAAUCCUAUCGCCAAUGGUAUAUCGAUUGAUGCGUUCCUGAACGAGGGAGGUACAUUCCGUUCGGACCAUAUCAACGACGUGCUGAAGGAGGUUAAAUUAUUUGAGAGCAUCGCACGGCUACCGAAUAAAUUGCUAGACAGCGUCUGUAUGCUUCCGCCGAAGGACCGACAGUUAUUGUGUUUGGCAAGGUGCUGUCUGAGAAAGCCAUCGCUUCUAAUGGUGGAACAUAUCCACCCGGAUAUUUGCGAGAUUGUGGGUACGGCAAUCAGAGCAAAGUUCAUCGAACAAACGGUUAUCAUCAUCUGCUCUCACGAGAUUCAGUACAGGGGGACAUGCGAAAAGUUGAUCAACCUAGAUGAAGUGUGAAUGUGAACAGUACGAACUGUGUGGUCGCAUUCCGGAUACAAUGACAAGACAGACUUUUUCUAAAGUCGAAUACUUUAUUUAUAUUCAUGGAAAAAAGAAUCACAAAUCGUUUACAAAUAAAUAAAUA